UAUUGUACUACCUCUGUGUGUUGAGAUCAAUGAUCCCUAAGGACCAGAAAACUCUACCAAAAUCAAGCCUUGGAUAUCAGUGUAGGUUACUUGUACAUUCCGCGUUAUAAAGUAUAGAUAUAGCCAAUAGUUGUGAAUUUUUUUAACGUUUAUUAUAUAAGGGGUUUCACGGUGUAUCAGGAUGGAUGCGGGUACGGAAAAUGUUGUUGUGGAGGAUAUGCAAAAAUCAUUCAGAUGGUAUCACGGUGACGAUAUGGCUGGUGAACGAAGUGUUAUCGUUGGUAGCUCGCAUACAAACCAGAGGAUAGAGUGUUGGUGCAUAGCGGCAUGGAAAGAUAAAUUUUGUCAAAUGGAAGAGCAAGGGAUUUUCUCAACAGCAGACGGUAUUCAUGUAAGUUGCGUCAGAUUCUGUUUUAUGCAACUUAUUCAGCAUGAAUUGGACUUAAUACGGGCAGAGUGGAAUACUCAUUAUAUAAGGAGGCAGACACGGGAAGGAACACCUUGUGGAAAACCAGACAUUUUAUAUUUGUAUCCAGAAUUAUAUGGAACUUAUGACUACAAAUUCCCAGUUGAAGAGGCAGACUGCGAGUGCCUGGGUGAUAACUGCGACGUUCCAUCUAGCACUGGAAUAGACGAAGAACUAGAAGGAAGAUUUCUUCAAAUGAUGGAACUGGAUGGAAUGCGUAUGCCAGAUACAUUAGCUGAAGCCAUCGACUUGCUCACCUGGCUAAUAAGCAAACUUGACUAACUGCUUGAGCAGAAAUGACAUUCCAUUAAAGGCAUUCGUUCUAAAGAUUUACUGACAGUGGGGCGGUUUCGUCGGUCGUGUCCUUUACUUAAUAGAAAAAAUAAAGAUGCUGAUUUGUUAUAAAGUUUUAUAAAUUCAAAUCAAUUCCUUGUGAUUCAUGAAGUAUAAAGUCUCAACUUCCAUGUUCUUUUUUAUACGACAAUUGACAGUCGCAUGUUCUCUCUAAGAAAUCGUUGGAAAUAGUGAAAGUUGAAAAGUAUUCUGAGCAACAUCUGUUGUUGUGAUUUCUGGCUAACUGUUUCUUUCAAGCAAACAGCGAAAUAGGCCCAACAUUAAAGUGACUUUUUGGUGCUACGUAGGAGCCUACAAAGCAAGCCUAGAAAAAAGCAACAAUUUGUGUAUCAUAGAUCUGUAUUCCCUUCAAAACAACCAAUAAAUAGUUUUGUAAAUGAUACAUGAAAUCUAUCAACAACUG